UGCCGAGGCCUUGGAUCGUGGACGAGAAGAAGGAUGACGGCUACACCGCACUGCACCUGGCUGCCCUCAACAACCACGUGGAGGUGGCUGAGCUGUUGGUGCACCAGGGCAAUGCCAACCUGGACAUCCAGAACGUCAACCAGCAGACUGCAUUGCACCUGGCAGUGGAGCGUCAACACACCCAGAUAGUCCGGCUGCUGGUGCGGGCGGAGGCCAAGCUCGACGUGCAGGACAAGGACGGGGACACGCCGCUCCACGAGGCACUGCGUCACCACACACUGUCCCAACUGCGGCAACUCCAAGAUAUGCAGGACGUCAGCAAAGUGGAGCCCUGGGAACCCUCCAAGAACACAUUAAUCAUGGGCUUGGGCACCCAGGGGGCAGAGAAGAAGAGUGCAGCAUCCAUCGCCUGCUUCCUGGCAGCUAACGGAGCGGACCUGACCAUCCGUAACAAGAAGGGCCAGUCCCCUCUGGACCUGUGUCCAGACCCCAGCCUCUGCAAGGCUCUGGCCAAGUGCCACAAAGAGAAAAGCAGCGGCCAGGUGGGGACCCGCAGCCCGUCUCAGAACAGCAACAUCGAGUCCUUGGACGAGUGCAUGGUGUGUUCGGACCUGAAGAGAGACACUCUGUUCGGGCCCUGCGGACACAUCGCCACCUGCUCCCUCUGCUCGCCCCGCGUCAAGAAGUGUCUCAUCUGCAAGGACCAGGUCCAGUCCAGAACUAAGAUCGAGGAGUGCGUAGUCUGCUCUGACAAAAAGGCAGCCGUGUUGUUCCAGCCCUGUGGCCACAUGUGCGCUUGUGAGAACUGUGCCAGCCUCAUGAAGAAGUGCGUACAGUGUCGGGCUGUAGUUGAGCGCCGCACUCCCUUUGUUCUGUGCUGUGGAGGGAAAGGUAUGGAGGAUGAGGCCGCUGAUGAUGAUGAUGAUGAUGAUGAUGAUGAUGAUGACCGUAGGAGCUCUAACACUAUGGCAGGGGGAUCGCAGGAUCUUCUCCAGCCCAACAAUCUGGCACUAAGUUGGUCCAGCGGAAACAUCCCGGGUCUGCAGAGAGACAAGGACAACACCAACGUCAACGCUGAUGUGCAGAAGCUGCAGCAGCAGCUGCAGGACAUAAAGGAGCAGACGAUGUGUCCGGUGUGUCUCGACCGGCUGAAGAACAUGAUCUUCAUGUGCGGCCACGGCACCUGCCAGCUGUGUGGGGACCGAAUGAGCGAGUGCCCCAUCUGCCGCAAGGCCAUCGAGCGCCGCAUCCUCCUUUACUAGACCCCUCCGCCACCACGCCUGCCCUCUCCCACACCGACAACACCCCCCCCUCUCCACAGACUCUUUCUCCUCUCUCAAAGCCCUCAACGCGCCCGCAAAGCCACAAUCACACCAGCUGCCCGCUGCCGCCGCCAUCCCCACAGCGCCCGGGUCAUUCGGCCGGCCGGGGGCGCCCACGCUCCGUUGUUUCAGGUGGAACUUCUAAAAAAAAAAAUCUGAAUUGACUUUUAGCAGUUGCGCCGUUCUGUCGCGUGUUGCAAACCGCAGCGAUGCGAUCUUCAGGGGCGCCCGCGUCUGCAUUUCAAGCCAGAACAGCGCUCAGCUUUUUCAGGACUGCCCAGGAGGCUCCGCCCCCUUUCCCGUUCCCUCUGAUGUAAAGUUCUCACGCGCCUGUCGAGUUUUAUUGUCAGUACAUCUCAAUCCACGUGUAUUGGUAUCGGAAGCUCCAGGUGUGGAUUUUAAGUCGUUCGUUUCACAAGAGAAUAGCAGGUCUGUGACUCGUUACCGUUUGCGCCGCUCGGCGGUCCGGCGGCGCCGCUCGCCGAUGGAAACCGGGCGUUGGCAGUUUUUUACACCUGCAAGAGCCGCGUCAGGGUAAAGGCUGUUUUCCGCAAUGACUCUGGCGGCCCCCCUUCAGCCCGUUUCUAAAGCACUGAUGGAGUUGUAGCAGCUGCCCGGGAGCACACCGCACCCCGCUAACCGGGCCGCACCACGAUCCGCGGCCUCGCAGACACGCCCCUUUUUGGGCUGUGAAACGCUGGCGCGUAACGAUUCAACAGCAACACACACACACACACACACACACACACAUUCAGCUUGUGUCCAGUGAUCAGCCGCUGUACCUGUUUGUUGUACACACAGACCCACACGAUGCAAACACUUCUGUAUCUCGUCACAACUUGAUGUUAAACUAUUGAGACUCGAUCGUCUUGACAAACAUGUACAAUUCAACGAGCAGUGCUAAUUUACCAUUGACAACGCUGUGCCAUUUGCUUCCAAAAAUGUUACUUGUUAAAUAACUUGGGGGUAUGGGGAGAAGGUGCUCUUUAUCUUGUAUUACUUUUUAUUUAAGUGUAUCAAAAUCCACAUUUAUUUGAGCUCGAGAGUAAAAUCUAUUGAAACACUAAGAUGAAAAUGUAGAAUAAAUUAUUUUGUAUUGCUGCCCAAAAAAAAAAAUAGGAUUUAUAGGUAACACUGCCUUCCUAAUAUGUAGCCUCAAAAUCUCUAACGUUCUGCUUUGAUAUUAAUGUUGAGAUUCAUUUGUGAUGUUUUGCGUUUUCUUUCUGGCGAUCAUCAGUAGAAGCAUUUUCUUUUUCUCUCUGAAAUAGAUCCCUGCAGGCCGAACUGGUUCAUUUCAUUUGCGAAACAAAAAAAAAAAGUUUAAAAAAAAGACAUUUUGUCAAAAGCGUCCAGUAUGUUUUCAUCAGUGUUUUAUUUGGGAGGAAAGCUAAUGAUUUUAUAAAGACAGAACUGCCUUACCUGUUUUCAAAGGCAGUUGCCCACGUGGAGACUGUGUGGCAAUUUGCAUCUGCAUAAGAGCAUUUUUUUUUUUCUUCCUUACCUCUUUUGACUGAAAGCAACUUUUUUGAGUAAGGUUUUGAUUCUUUUCAUUGAUCAUGAUAACACUUAAAGCUAGAAGCACUAAUACGCUUUAUGUUAGUGUUGUCUCGUUACGGUUGUCAUGAAAAAGCCUAUUUUGUACUUCAUUUUCAAUACCUGUGACUGUCCUGUUGGAAAUGUAUCGGUAGUAUUUUCUUUGGCAUGAAUGUUUGACAUAUGCAGUACGACAUGUAUCAUGGAAACCGUUCUGUCUGUAUUGCUAAGAAGUGCUUUUAAAACAACCAUAUAGCUGAAAUAAAGUUCUACACGAACCACGGGA